GAGAUCCACUCUGAGUUCAUGAUAUCAGAGCCACAGUACGGACAGACGGACAGCGCCGGACCUGAGGAUGGAACCUGUACAGGAGAAGAUGACACUGCUGCACUUCAGGUGGCUGUGAACUACCAGAACAACCUAGGAGUGUCUGUUUACCGUGAGCAGUUCGACUUCAACGCUGAGCCUCCUUGGGAUCCUAGCUGAUAACAGGAGGGGUCCGUCUGACCUGACUCUUGGAUAUCGCUAGGACCCAGGAGCUGCGAGGGCUCUGCUAAAUAGGUGACCUGCUUUAUGCCUGUGUUGUCUUGGGCUUGUGGAAGAGGAUGAAGGGGACACUGGAUGAGUUGCACUAUUCUGUCGAGCUGCUGGAAAGAGACGCUGCUGUCCGAGAUGUUAUCGACAAACAUAUCUGUGACCAAACUCUAGCUCAGAAGAAUGCUUUCUUCGUGGCUGAUCUGGGAGCCAUCAUCUGGCAGCAGAUCAGAUGGAAGUCUCGUAUGGAGCAGGUUCGGCCUUUCUAUGUGCUGAAGUGUAACAGCAGCCCUGUGGUCAUUGAGAUCCUGGCUGCACUGGGAACUGGAUUCAUCUGCUCCAGUAAGCACGAGCUGGAGUUGGUGAAGAGCUUUGGUGUCUUGUCUCAGGACAUCAUCCUGGGAGGGAUGUGUAAGCAGCUCUCACUCAUCAAAUAUGCUGCCAAACUUGGCGUCCAGCUGCUGGUGUGCGACAGCGAGGCGGAGCUGCGGAAGAUCGCCCGCUGCCACUCCAAAGCAAAGCUGCUGCUGCAGGUGACCACGGGGGGCUGCUGUGAGCGGGAGGAGACCUCCAUGCCCUUCGGCCUCACGCUGAAGGACUGCAGGCACAUGCUAGAGUGCGCUAAGGAGCUCAGCCUGCACGUGGCCGGCGUCAAGUUCCACAUCCCCAGCUGCUGUGCCGAGCCCCAGGCCUUCACUCACGCUGUGUCAGAUGCCCGCUGUGUGUUUGACAUGGGGGAGGAGCUCGGCUUCGUCAUGAAUAUUCUCGACAUUGGAGGAGGAUUUGAUGGAACCGAAGCUCAGUUGGAAAAGGUGAACAGGGCGCUGAAGCCAAUGCUGGAUGUGUACUUCCCUCCAUCGACAGGCGUCUCGGUCAUCGCUGAACCCGGAGCGUAUUACGUCUCUGCUGCUUUCUCAUUGGCUGUGAGCAUCAUCUCAAAGAAAAUCGUGUCCAGAGACGCCGGUCAGCAUCCGGACGAUGAGCUGUCUGGAAACGAUGAGCCAGAGUUUCAGUAUUAUAUGAACGAUGGCGUCUUCGGAUCAUUUGCCUAUAAACUGCUGGACGAGUCUGUUCCUGUCCCGUCUCUGCACAAGGAGAAGUCGUUGGAGGAGCCUCUGUUCUCCAGCAGUCUGUGGGGGCCCUCUAGUGACGGUCUGGAUCAGGUGGUGGAGUCCUGCCUGCUGCCGGAGCUCAGCGUGGGGGACUGGCUGGUCUUCAGCCACAGCGGAGCCAACAGCCUCGGAGCCAUGGGAGCUCACGCAGACGGGCACAGACCACCCGUACACUACGUCAUCUCUGCAGGAGACUGGUACGAGAUUCAGAACUGUGGCGUCACGCUGGACACCACCAUGAAGAACUUCUCUGUGGUGCAGCAGCCCAGCCUGACGGAAACCUCCAUCUCCACUCCAGCUUAGCACCAGGCCGUCCUGAGGGGCUCCAGCAGCCCCUGUGGUGAAAGUUGAGGAAAUCUCUCCCGAGUUUUCUGGGGAAACUCUUUAUUUUUUAAAGAGUUCGGAUGUGGACGGGCGUACAGACGCACAGCGAGGCUCUGAGGAAGACUUACUGGAUCAGAUCAGAUACGAACUUAAAUAAGUCAUAAUUAAGUUAAUAAUUAAUAAGCCAUGAGACAGAUAGCUUGAUUAAGAGGGCGGGAUCAGCGUAUUUUUGGGGGACGUGACUUUUAAUGCUGUUUACAGACCUGCUAGAAUCUAUUUAAUGCAGUUUUAUAAAUACAGGAUAUACGUACUUGCAUAUAUACGUGUAAUAAUAUUUUCUGAUAUUGAGUCUGCAGCCGAACUGAUUAUUAAGUUAUUUAUUAAACAGGAAUCCUGAUCACUGGAUCAGUUGCUGUCAUGCUUUUUUUUUUUUUUUUUUUGUAUGUAUGUGUGGCAUUACUGUUACGGACUCUGAUGUUUACAGACUGUUAUCCUGUGUCUAGCCGUCUGUAGAGUCUGGUAUUCUUCUUUUUUUUUUAUUAUUAUUAUUAUUUUUAUUUAAAGCCUGUAGGUGGCGCUGUGGCUGAAAUCUGAUAGCCAUGGGCUUUGAGGAUGAUUUAAAGAAAGAAAGAAAAAGGCUUCUCUGGUGAGCUUUUGUUAACGUUCCUCCCCUGUCUCUCUUUUCCACCCGUUCUUGGGCUCCCUAUCUCCUUUAUAAGGGUGUUUUUCCCGGUCGGGUCCCAAUUCACUAGCUGGAGCAGCAGUGAUCUGCAUGAGGUGUAUAUUUAUUUAAUUUUUCCUUAAUCUUCUUGGGUUUACCUGCUUUGAGAUCAACUGUUCUGCAAUUGGGUUCAACAACCCUCUGGGAUGGAGAGCUACUAGUCUUUAGCACUCCAUCUCAUUACACUUCAUUUUACAAAACAGAUUUUUUGUGGCCCGCCACGUAAUGGCUUGGAGAACUUUAAUUGCCGACCCCUGACCUAGGUAAUAAAUCAGGUUAAACUGCACCUGAACAUUAAAGCAAAUGUAAAUAUGUUCGAAUGGUGAUGGAUUUAAGCAUUUGGACAAAACGAACACUGUACAAACAUGUUGUACAAAGAUGUAUCGUAAAAGGACAGGAAAGCCUGAUCUAGCUUAGCUUAAGCAGAUUUAACUUAAAAUUCUAGCUUGCGGUUGGGUCUUCCGUCAUGACGAUGACCUUCCAGUGCAAUCCUGAUUGGCCACCUCCCAUCAAAACACUUUUUAAUUUUAAUUUUUAAGUUUAAAAUGUUUCGUUUUUGUCCUUUUUUUUAUUUAUAUAUUUUUUUUGCUGCUGUCGUUCUCAGACUUCUCGGCCACCAGUCUUAAAUGCACUGUUAAAGGCGCAGCUCGAAUUGUGGUGAAGAAAGUGCUGAGAAUGUUGUGUGGAAAGUGCUGUUGGUUCGAGGCGGCGCUGACGCUGGUGUUUAUAGGAGGGUAUCUGUUAUGUGACCUGUUUAACUAUGUGAACUAAAACUUCUGGAGAUGAACAGAGAAGAGAGAGAGUGUCAUUAUUAUUAUUAUUAAUAAAGAGGAUAAAUACGAUCCUCUGGGCUGAAUAUGUAAAGUGCUGGGAGAUAUGCUGCCAGUAAAAACGAGUGUGAUCAUC